GCUUGAUUAAUUUAGCAUCCCGGGCAGCAGGUUUCUGCUAAGUUUGGAGUUACUCCUCGCGACUGUAUGCCCGCGUCCUGCACGUAAUAGCCAACCACGUCCGGGGGCUCUGCAACACAAGGAGUCUGCAUGUCUAGCAAGUAGACAUGCUCAGCUUUGUGGAUACGCGGAUUUUGUUGCUGCUCGCAGUAACUUCAUACCUAGCAACAAGCCAACAUGUGAGUGAGGCAUCUGCAGGGCGGAAGGGCCCUAGAGGAGACAAAGGGCCACAGGGAGAAAGGGGUCCACCAGGUCCACCAGGCAGAGAUGGUGAAGAUGGUCCACCAGGUCCUCCAGGCCCCCCUGGUCCUCCAGGUCUUGGCGGAAAUUUUGCUGCUCAAUAUGAUCCAUCUAAAGCGGCUGACUUUGGCCCUGGACCUAUGGGUUUAAUGGGACCUAGAGGCCCACCUGGAGCAUCUGGACCUCCUGGUCCUCCUGGGUUUCAAGGUGUUCCUGGUGAGCCUGGUGAACCUGGUCAAACAGGUCCCCAAGGUCCUCGUGGUCCCCCUGGUCCUCCAGGAAAGGCUGGUGAAGAUGGUCACCCUGGCAAACCUGGAAGACCUGGUGAGAGGGGUGUUGCUGGUCCUCAAGGUGCUCGUGGCUUCCCUGGAACUCCUGGUCUGCCUGGCUUUAAGGGAAUUAGGGGACACAAUGGUCUGGAUGGUCAAAAGGGACAACCUGGUACUCCUGGCACCAAGGGAGAACCUGGUGCCCCUGGUGAAAAUGGUACCCCAGGACAACCUGGUGCUCGUGGUCUCCCUGGUGAGAGAGGAAGAGUAGGCGCCCCUGGUCCAGCUGGUGCUCGUGGGAGUGAUGGCAGCGCUGGCCCCACUGGACCUGCAGGCCCCAUUGGUGCUGCUGGUCCUCCAGGCUUCCCAGGUGCUCCUGGUGCUAAGGGUGAAAUUGGACCUGCUGGUAAUGUUGGCCCUACUGGUCCUGCUGGUCCAAGAGGAGAGAUUGGACUUCCUGGUUCCAGUGGUCCUGUUGGCCCUCCUGGCAACCCUGGUGCUAAUGGUCUUCCUGGGGCUAAAGGUGCAGCUGGUCUUCCUGGUGUUGCUGGUGCUCCUGGUCUGCCCGGUCCCCGUGGUAUUCCUGGUCCUCCUGGCCCUGCUGGUCCAAGUGGUGCUAGGGGACUUGUUGGUGAACCAGGCCCUGCUGGUGCCAAGGGAGAAAGUGGUAACAAGGGUGAGCCUGGUGCUGCUGGCCCCCCUGGCCCUCCUGGUCCAAGUGGUGAGGAAGGCAAGAGAGGCAGCAACGGUGAACCUGGCUCUGCUGGUCCCCCUGGCCCUGCUGGUCUAAGAGGUGUGCCUGGAUCUCGUGGUCUCCCUGGAGCUGAUGGCAGAGCUGGUGUCAUGGGACCUGCUGGUAACCGUGGUGCUAGUGGUCCUGUUGGUGCUAAGGGUCCUAAUGGUGAUGCUGGCCGUCCUGGUGAGCCUGGUCUUAUGGGUCCAAGAGGUCUCCCAGGUCAACCUGGAAGCCCAGGUCCUGCUGGCAAAGAAGGUCCUGUUGGUUUCCCUGGAGCAGAUGGUAGGGUUGGGCCCAUCGGUCCAGCUGGUAAUAGAGGUGAACCUGGCAACAUUGGAUUCCCUGGACCAAAAGGUCCCACUGGUGAACCUGGCAAACCUGGUGAAAAAGGCAAUGUUGGUCUUGCUGGCCCACGGGGUGCUCCUGGUCCUGAGGGAAACAACGGUGCUCAAGGUCCUCCUGGUGUCACCGGCAACCAAGGUGCAAAGGGUGAAACAGGUCCUGCUGGCCCUCCAGGCUUCCAGGGUCUGCCAGGUCCCUCUGGUCCAGCUGGUGAAGCUGGCAAACCAGGCGAAAGGGGUCUCCAUGGUGAAUUUGGUGUCCCUGGUCCUGCUGGCCCACGGGGUGAGCGUGGUCUUCCUGGUGAAAGUGGUGCUGUUGGUCCUGCUGGUCCUAUUGGAAGCCGUGGUCCAUCUGGCCCACCAGGCCCUGAUGGUAACAAGGGUGAGCCUGGUAACGUCGGUCCUGCUGGUGCUCCUGGUCCUGCUGGGCCUGGUGGAAUCCCAGGAGAGAGAGGUGUUGCAGGUAUUCCAGGAGGCAAGGGUGAGAAGGGUGCCCCAGGUCUGAGAGGUGAUGCUGGUGCAACAGGAAGAGAUGGUGCCCGUGGUCUCCCUGGUGCUAUUGGUGCUCCUGGCCCUGCUGGUGGUGCUGGUGAUCGGGGUGAAGGAGGUCCUGCUGGUCCCGCUGGUCCUGCUGGUGCCCGUGGUAUUCCUGGUGAACGUGGUGAGCCUGGUCCUGUAGGUCCUAGUGGAUUUGCUGGACCUCCUGGUGCAGCUGGUCAGCCAGGUGCUAAAGGCGAGCGUGGCCCUAAGGGACCAAAGGGUGAAACUGGACCAACAGGUGCUAUUGGGCCAAUUGGUGCUUCUGGACCACCAGGUCCCAUUGGUGCUGCUGGUCCUGCUGGCCCUCGUGGUGAUGCUGGUCCUCCUGGCAUGACUGGUUUCCCUGGUGCUGCUGGAAGAGUCGGUCCUCCAGGCCCUGCUGGCAUCACUGGUCCCCCUGGUCCUCCUGGCCCAGCUGGCAAAGAUGGUCCUAGAGGUCUGCGUGGUGAUGUUGGUCCAGUCGGCCGUACUGGUGAACAGGGUAUUGCUGGCCCACCUGGUUUUGCUGGUGAGAAAGGUCCAUCUGGAGAGGCUGGUGCUGCUGGUCCUCCUGGUACCCCAGGUCCUCAGGGUAUUCUUGGUGCUCCUGGUAUCCUUGGUCUGCCUGGCUCUCGGGGAGAACGUGGUCUUCCAGGCAUUGCUGGAGCAACAGGUGAACCUGGUCCCCUGGGUGUUUCUGGUCCUCCUGGUGCUCGUGGUCCCUCUGGUCCUGUGGGUUCUCCCGGUCCUAAUGGUGCUCCUGGUGAAGCUGGUCGUGAUGGCAAUCCUGGAAAUGAUGGUCCUCCAGGCCGUGAUGGUGCUCCUGGUUUCAAGGGUGAGCGUGGUGCUCCUGGUAACCCUGGUCCCAGUGGUGCUUUGGGUGCUCCUGGUCCUCAUGGCCAAGUUGGUCCUUCUGGAAAGCCUGGAAACCGUGGUGAUCCUGGUCCUGCUGGUGCUGUUGGGCCUGCUGGUGCUUUUGGCCCAAGAGGUCUCGCUGGCCCACAAGGUCCACGUGGUGAGAAAGGUGAACCUGGUGAUAAGGGACAUAGAGGUCUGCCUGGCCUGAAGGGACACAAUGGAUUGCAAGGUCUUCCUGGUCUUGCUGGUCAGCACGGUGAUCAAGGUCCUCCUGGUAACAAUGGUCCUGCUGGCCCAAGGGGUCCUCCUGGUCCUUCUGGUCCUCCUGGUAAGGAUGGUCGCAAUGGUCUCCCUGGACCCAUUGGCCCUGCUGGUGUACGUGGCUCUCACGGUAGCCAAGGCCCUGCUGGUCCUCCUGGUCCUCCUGGUCCCCCUGGUCCUCCUGGUCCCAAUGGUGGUGGAUACGAAGUUGGCUUUGAUGCAGAAUACUACCGGGCUGAUCAGCCUUCUCUUAGACCCAAGGAUUAUGAAGUUGAUGCCACUCUGAAAACAUUGAACAACCAAAUUGAGACCCUGCUGACCCCAGAAGGCUCCAAAAAGAACCCAGCUCGCACCUGCCGUGACCUCAGACUUAGCCACCCAGAAUGGAGCAGCGGUUUCUACUGGAUUGAUCCUAACCAAGGCUGCACUGCAGAUGCCAUUAGAGCAUACUGUGACUUUGCCACUGGUGAGACUUGCAUCCAUGCUAGCACUGAAGAUAUUCCAACUAAGACCUGGUAUGUCAGCAAGAAUCCCAAGGACAAAAAGCACAUAUGGUUCGGUGAAACUAUCAAUGGUGGUACUCAGUUUGAAUACAAUGGUGAAGGUGUGACCACAAAGGACAUGGCCACCCAACUUGCCUUCAUGCGUCUGCUGGCCAACCAUGCCUCCCAGAACAUCACCUACCACUGCAAGAACAGCAUUGCCUACAUGGAUGAGGAGACUGGAAAUCUUAAAAAGGCUGUUAUACUCCAGGGAUCCAAUGAUGUUGAACUACGAGCUGAAGGCAACAGCAGAUUCACUUUCAGUGUUCUUGUGGAUGGCUGCUCUAGAAAGAACAACAAAUGGGGCAAAACAAUCAUUGAGUACAGAACAAAUAAGCCAUCUCGCUUGCCCAUCCUUGACAUUGCACCUUUGGACAUUGGUGGCGCUGACCAAGAAUUCGGUUUGCACAUUGGCCCAGUCUGUUUCAAAUGAAUGAACUAAAAUUAACUUAACGCCCCCCCCCCAGAAUUAUUCUUUGUCAUUUCUUUUUGUAAUGAGAGCUGACUCCUUCCAUUUUUUCUGUUCAUCUACUUGCUUAAACUCUGGGCGAAAGAGAAGGAGAAGAAUUGAUUGGAGCAUUGUGCAAUGAAACUUAAUACAGCCCCAAAAGGACUUGGAAGUCUUUCAAGAUUUAACACCUUGCUUUGGGAAAUGUCAACCUUUGUAAA